AUGUUGGCAGCGAAAAGGGGGGAGGAAGGCCGCGCGCGUAGGGGAGAGAGAAAAGUUUUUUUUCAGAAGCGUGAAGUUUAUUGCAAGAGCGGGGGUCAGUCGGCGGUGUUGUUGUGUUUUUUUUUCUACCUCUGUCGCGGGGCGUCGUGGCGCGCCCCUUCUUCUUAUAGAGGGGCCGCCAACAUCUUCCACUUCACAAGACCGCCGCUCUUCAAAGGGAGAUUGUCCACGUGUACACCUGGCGUACACGUAGACCAAUAA